UCGAGAAGCACGCCCCGCGCUGCCGUCGUUUCACGUUUCUGCAGCCAUGAAGAUUCCCAUCGCCGCGCUCCUCCUCCUCGUGCCGUGCCUGCUCCACGGCGCGUCCGCCGUCCACCCACACAACAACUUCACCUCCAUAUUCAGCUUCGGCGACUCGUACGCCGACACCGGCAACUUCAUCAGGCUGGCCGCCCCGUUCAUCCCAUUCAUUCCUUUCAACAACUCCCCCUACGGCGAGACGUUCUUCGGCCACCCCACCGGCCGCGCGAGCAACGGCCGCAUCGUCCUCGACUUCAUCGCGGAUGCUUUCGGCUUGCCCUUCGUGCCGCCGUCCUUGGCCCAAGGGCAAAACUUCAGCAAGGGCGCAAAUUUUGCGGUCGUGGGGGCGACGGCGUUGGACCUGGCCUACUUCAUGCAACAGAACAUCACCUCUGUUCCCCCGUUCAACAGUUCCCUGAGUGUCCAGCUGGGGUGGUUCGAGCAGCUCAAGCCUUCGUUCUGCAACACCUCGCAAGGAUGCGAGGAUUACUUGGGCAAGUCCCUCUUCUUCAUGGGAGAGUUCGGCGGGAACGACUACAUCUUCUUCCUGGCUGACAAUAAGACCGUGGACCAAACGAAAGCCUACGUUCCUGCCGUUGUCAACGCCAUCGCCGCCGGUGUAGAGAGGCUGAUCCAGCACGGCGCCAAGCGCAUCGUCGUGCCAGGGAACCUGCCCACAGGCUGCACACCCAUCAUUCUGACGCUGUACGCGAGCACAAACGCGUCAGACUACGAUCACUACGGCUGCCUCAAGAAGUUCAACGGCUUGGCGCUUGACCACAACACCCUUCUCCAGAGACGGGUCCAUGAGCUCCGGAGCAAGUACCCGCACGCCAAGAUCGGUUUCGCCGAAUACUACAGGCCCGUCCUCGCGUUCCUGAAGAAACCGGCAUAUUUCGGAUUCAACGGCAGCUCGGCGCUGUCGGCGUGCUGCGGGGCGGGAGGCAAGUACAACUACAACGCCACGGCGGCGUGCGGUUUUCCCGGCGUGCCCGCGUGCGCGGACCCAUCCAAGGCGGUGAACUGGGACGGCAUCCACCUCACGGAGUCGGCGUACAGGGACAUCGCCGGGACGUGGCUGCGCGGCCCGUUCGCGGAGCCACCGAUACUGAGCCUGGCGCAUUGAUUCUUGGUUUCAACGUCAUGACAUCGACUGGGUUGAUAUCUUAGCAUCCCGCUUUGUUGCCUGUAGCCUUACGCCAAUGGCAAGGCAGUUAACUGAAAGUCAAUGUCAAAAAGAGACACCAGAAUAUAGUUGCUCAUGAACUAGCAAGAAAGACUAGGAGAGCAAAUAUCUCAGCAGCGUGGAUAG